AGCCGCUGGGCCGCCGGCGGCGCGUACAAGAGGCGGCAGACGCCGAGCGCCCAGCGGGCGGAGAGGACGCGGCCGUCUUUGCCUUGCCUGUCCUUAACCCCUUCGCGGACUUGGGGGUCCCCCCGACUCCCCAAGCUUCCUUCUUGCGCUGUGUCCUGUCCAGAAGCCGGAGCGGUCCACGAUGAGCCGCUUGACCCAGAACGUGCUGGAGGUGAUGAAGGCGAUGGCCCGUGUCCCCGGUUUUGACAGAGUUCUGGACAAGGUGACUCUUGUCUCUGCUGUCCCUGGGAAAGUGAUUUGUGAAAUGAAAGUAGAAGACGCCCACACCAACAGAUUAGGCACUCUGCAUGGUGGUAUGACAGCCACCUUAGUGGAUAACAUAUCAACAAUAGCUCUGCUGUGCACUGAAAGGGGAGCGCCGGGAGUCAGCGUGGAUAUGAACAUAACGUACAUGUCGCCUGCUAAAAUAGGAGAAGACAUCGUGAUAACAGCGCACGUUCUGAAGCAAGGCAAAACACUUGCAUUUGCCUCUGUGGAGCUGAUGAACAAGACCACGGGGAAACUAGUGGCACAAGGCAGACACACCAAACACCUGGGAAACCAAGGCCUGCAGGCUGACUUCAAAGACACCAAACAAUGAAGACCAAGUGUAAAGCUGACUUGUAACAAAUGUUAACUUUCAAAAUAAACUAGCACAACCAGAAA